AAUCUCUCUCAUGCUUUUUUACUAUCUCUCUAGAAGACCUAUACAUUACAUAGACGUUUGUCACAUGCCGGUGAAACAUGGAUAAUGUUUACAUUGAUCACAUUGUCCACUGAACAAUGGUAUAGUGGAAAUGUAGAGAGUGAGAAGAUAAAAAAUCUCUCUCAUGCUUUUUUACUAUCUCUCUAGAAGACCUAUACAUUACAUAGACGUUUGUCACAUGCCGGUGAAACAUGGAUAAUGUUUACAUUGAUCACAUUGUCCACUGAACAAUGGUAUAGUGGAAAUAAGACCUAUACAUUACAUAGACGUUUGUCACAUGCCGGUGAAACAUGGAUAAUGUUUACAUUGAUCACAUUGUCCACUGAACAAUGGUAUAGUGAAAAUGCAGAGACUCAUCGUCUGAAUCUUGUUACAAAUGAUACAUACAAGGUCGUUCCUUAUAUGUGGGAUUAUUUCUUGAUUGUUUCGAAUAUUCAUUCAUUUUUUACCGAUUCUGGUGUAACUAGUACAUUUUUCAAACAAGCACAACAACAAUUGGGCUUAGUACGAUCUUCGACACUCAAAUUAUGGGCCGAGACCAAGUGGGACUCCCGGUGGCAAGCUAUCGAUGCUAUUGUCAAUAAUUAUCCUGCCAUCAUUAAAGCACUUGCUGAUAUUAGCGAAGAAGGUAGUGGUACACGGUCAACUAAUGCAGGUGAACGUUUAAUGCAUGCGAAAAAGUCCAUAUUUAUCAUCACUUUAUUUAUUCUUCAUCAAUUAUUUGGUUUAAUAAAAGUUUUGAGUGAUCAUUUGAAAAAUCCAGCUUUAGAUUAUGUACGUGGUGAACAUCUUGUAAUAUCGAUUAUUCAGCAAAUAAGCAAUCUUCGUAAUGAACCAUCAUUCAAUCAAAUUUAUGAUAAAGCAAAAAAAUUUUGUGAUGUAAAUGGAAUUGGUUUGGUACAGCAAUGUCAAAUACAUCGUAAAAUAAAAAUUCCAGCUACAUUUAAUGAUUGUUUUAUUAAUUCAACACUUGGACAAUGUCCAAAGUUGUCUACAUCAACACAUUUUAUGAAUCAGAUUUAUUUUCCUUUAAUUGAUUGUAUGUUAGUGAAACUAAAUCACAGAUUUUCAUUCAAAACUUUAUCAUUUAUGACAAGUAUGUUAGUGGAAUAUGUUGCUACAGUUUAUCCUGAAAGUAAACAGUUUUUGAAUAUUGAUGAUGUUGAUGAAUCCAGUCGUCAUAUUGAUGUUGAUUCAAGUGCUUUAACAAUUGAAUUUACUGUUAUCAAAUCUAUGCUCAUACCUAAAACAAUCAUUGAUGUUAUUCAACUUUUGAACGAAUUAGUUUGA